GCCAUAAAAUAUUAAGAAGAAGAAAAAAGCGGCAGCGUGAACUCGUGCUGUACUGUCUUACGGAAGUUUGUUCGCUGUUGAUUUUUGUUUUUGGAGGACAGAAAUGAGCGAAAUUCCAACUUCCUCGGUGUCAAAGGGAUGUUUUGUUUUUAAGUCAGCCUCUAAAAAGAGAAAGAGACAUGUGGGAGUGGGUGGAUAUUUGGUGGAUGAUAGUGACGAUAACGCCAGCGAUCGCUUUAAGAUCUGUCAGAAAUUGUGGGAAACUGUUCAAAUGAACACAGAGGUAAUACAAGAUCAGUUGAAUAAAAAGGUGCUUGACAGUCUUGCAGAGUUCAUUAAAAAGCAUGGCCUGGGCCGCUCAUCUGAUAACUGGAGACAGAGAGCCAGUGAAAUCCCCACUGCUGCUCUAAUGCUGGGGGUAAAUGUGCCGGAUCAUGCCAUGACAUUUCGAAGUCUGUGUAAUCUUCUUCAGGAUUCUGUCACACCGUUUGUGGUGUCUGUUCAUGCCAAAGAAUGUGCAGCUGUGAAGUUCUUGAUUCAGAAGGUUCUAGAGCAGCUGAUGGAAAUAGGAGUGUCUGUGGAUGAAGAACAGGAAGAUGAUACAGCUUUGCCUCAAAGGACACAGUGUACUAUAAGUGCUUUAUGUCAGUGGUACAAGACUGUUACCAAGAAAAGCACCAAAGUUUCUCCUCAAAGGAAAGAAAACUCGACAAAUAGUGACUUGCCUCAGAGUUUGCCUGUUGUCGUGAUCUUCAAAGACUUUGAGGCAUUCAACCCACAAGUUUUGCAGGAUUUUAUCCUUAUUUGCAGUCGAUACACUCAGGAGCUUCCCUUCAUCUUUAUUUUUGGCAUUGCCACGUCUCCAAGUGCUAUCCAGCACAGGCUUCCCCACUCGGUGUCAUCAUUGCUCUGCAUUGAGGUCUUUCAUUCUCUCUCAUGUACUCAGCAUUUAGCCUCUGUUUUUGAGAAGCUUAUUCUGAACUCUGAGUUCCCAUUCAAGCUCAGCAGUAGGGUGAUCCAGGUGCUGGUUGGCAUCUUCCUCUAUCAUGACUUCUCUGUUCAGAAUUUUGUUAAGGGCCUACAGUUCUCCAUGUUGGAGCACUUUAAUAGCCAGCCUCUCAGUGUGCUUUGCUGCCAAAAACAAGAGGCCUUGCUUUCUGCCAAGACAUUGAGCAAGAAAAAUGUUGAACGAAUCCGCCAUCUACCCUCAUUCAUGAGGUAUGUGGAGACUCAGGAGCCCCAGGAACAGGUGCGGCUCCUUACUGAUGAUGAACAUGUCAAGGGCGUAUGUCAUACAUUACUGAAAAACCUUCAUAAAUACCACAAGAAUUACUAUCCCAUUCUACAGUGUCUGCACUCUUUGACCUCAUCACUGCCUAAGUUUCCUCUAGGAAAGCAUAUACGAGAACUGCAUGUAUCCUGCAUUGAGAAGAAUUUGUGGGAGACAGAGGAGUAUGACUCGGCCUUGCAGCUUCUGAGGAUUCUAGCAAAGGAUGAGCUUGUUGCAGCUUUACGGAAGUGUGCUGAAAUUCUUAAAUCUGCCAAGCGAAUGCAAAAUGUUCUGCAACAAUUGGAUGAUUUCAUUGGUAGAUUGGAAGCACUGCAAAGUGUCUCUUCAGAAGAUUCCUCUGGAAAUGGGAUUGUCUCAGGAAAAAUUGAAUAUCAGAGAACAGAUCUCUUUCAGCUUCAAAAGACUCUGCUUGAAAAAGAGUCCCGAAGAACAAGGAGAAUGAAUCCAUUCGAAGUGCUUCGAAGUCAGGUGAUAGAGUUUAUUGACAGCCUUGUGAGAGAAUACUUGACUCCAGCAGAACUCCAGCCACUCAGUGAAGUGUGCUAUUACAGUUCCUCUGGGGUCCUGAGACAGCGACUCAAUGUCACCCCACGAACAUCCAUUCAAGCUGCUCUCAGUCAUCCUUUCUACUAUUUGCAGGUAACUGACCACUCAUUUUGUCUAGUCAGGAUAUUCAGUUAAGGUAUUCAUAUAAAAUUGAAAGAGACACAGUACAUACAAUUCUUAACUUUUUCAUGAACCAGUAUGUUGCAUUGCAGAGCUUCCCAAACUCAAGCAUAAAGCGCAACCCCAAUGAGUGGGCAUCCAUAAAUGUUGCAAUAAAAUUUUGGGUAUGCAUCAGGCUGCCUUAUCAGUGGCGCACAAGAUGCCAUGACAAUGUAGGUGUCAUUGAAUUUUAAUGUUUUUCAUAGCUUAUCCAGUUGAACUCACUGGAUAUGAUGCUUCUAAAUACUUCAUUCAAAAUAUUGCGGGAAAAGAGAACAUCAAUGUGGAAAAGAUCUUGUUUACAUAAAAACAGAUUCUUUUUUUAAUCGAUGAAGGUCUUACCGGUUUGGAACGACAUGAGGGUGAGUCAUUAAUGACAUAAUUUACAUUUUUCGGUGAACUAACCCUUUAAGGCCAACAUACAUAAAGCUUUCAGCCAUCAAUUUUGAUUUUAUGAGGACUUGAAAACACAGAUUGAAAGUGAUGCCUUUGUAAGUCUGCACAAAUCCACGUAUUAAAGGGAAAGUUUACCCAAAAAUAAUAAUCAUUUAAUCACCCUUGUUUAUUUUCAAACCUGCAUGACAAAAUGUUUUUCUGUGGAACAUGAAAGAUCUUUUGAGAACAGUUCUCACUUCUCAGUGUUUGAACUCCUCCAUGAAAUGAAUGUAUUGUGUGGUGUCCAACAUUCAUCAUAUAGUGUAUAGUGGUCUAUUUGUUUUGUUACCGUUAUGUUUUUG